CAGAAUCGUAUCAAGGCACCAAAUAAACACAAAGAGCAGCAGGAUUACAGUAUCGAAGGUGAAAAUACUGAGCAGAGAGAGAGAGCCGACAUAGCUAUAGUCAACGCGACUUAGAAGUUAAACAAGAAGUGACUGUACGGCUGGGUGUAACUUAUUAGUUAUUGCUCGAUGUAUCAGAGCGCGUCUCAGUCUCGCACGUGUUGCUCAGCUGCUACACAUAUUAUAAUCUGACAGCAUAAUAUAGCAGAGUCUAGAAUGUUCGCUUAACUACAAUUAUAAAGUGAGGAUGUGUGAUGGAUCGUUUCGAUACUUUGCAGUUCUAAUAGGAAUGCAAUUCAAUAUCAAGAAGAUCAACAGUUCGAAAGGCAGAAGCAACAACAGAAAGAGAGAACUUCUCAAUAUGGUAGACAAGUCGUUCGCAACAUCGCAGAUAAGCAUAUGGCGAAGGGAAUACGCCUAUUUCUCUUUUCCCGAUGCCUACAAACAGUUUAAAGAAACAAGCGAAUAUGCUGACGAAAUGGAGCGUUUAUUUGGCAUAGUUUUCUACAAUCCUCCAAUGGUAGCAGGAAAGAAAACUUAUCAGCUGCUCGAUUAUACCCACAACGUGAACAGGCUUAGAACGUUUACAUACUCCGGCCGUAUUCCUGGAGUUAACCCUGACGCUUGGAAAGCAGUGGCUGGGACUAGAGACGGUUCAAACCGCCCCCGCACCAAUCUAACAAGGUCUAUGCUAGACCUGGGGGGUAAAGAUCAAAUGUCCAUCAAACAGACUCGGACCUUUUAUUCUCCAAAAGUUCAGGAUGUUAUGCGUGAGCUGGGAUACUACCAAGAAGCCGAUUGGGCAAAAGUUUGCUACGACUACCUAAUUGGAGUAGAUGACCGAUACAUCCCUGUCAAAGAGCGGCUUCGAAGUUGGGUGGCAAUGUGGGAAACCUUGACAUCAUUUGUUAGUUUACAGCAGUUUCCCCCUAUCGGCAAGCAUCUACCUAUGUAUAGGAGUAAUACUAAUAGUGAUGAAUUAGAGAAGGAUACGGGUAUGCCAAAGGAGCUGUUUGAGGCGACACUGGCUGCAAUCCAAGCUAGAGUACAGAUUUACGGCGAUUGUCCAGAAGGGUAUGCUGCAAGAGCAGUGUCAAGUAUCGAUGUGGAGAACUUUCAUGGCCAACUCCACCGGCAACACCACCACGGGGCUCAGACUGCUACAGUAUGGGAGGUACAAGGGUCACUUGCCCACCUAGCAGUAGCUACGAAGAUCAAGAAGCUCCCCGCCUUCAGCAAACUCCUAGAGAUACCAGAAGAAGACUCCUUCUACCCUCUCCCCUUUACUGGAGAGAAUCUCUCUCAGAAGCUCAAGCUAAAGGAUUGUCUGUUCGAUAAAACACCUGGCUCUAAGAAGAAUAAAGAGGUUAGACCCAGGACGGUGAACGAGCCGCCCAGAGGUGCCGUUCCUGUUAGGACAGCCGGUUUCCACAAAAGGAAUGAAGAAAGAUAGAACAAUUUAAAAUGUUUGAUUGUGAAAUGCAUUACGUUUAUUUUUUUUGUUUUCCGAUAUAUGUUUGAAGAGUUGACUUCAAGUUUUAGUAGAGUUUAGAUAAAAUGACUGACACACAAUGUUACUUAUUUUACCCUUUUCCAGAGAGUACGAUUUUAAAUACUAUGAUUAAUGAAAGCAUGCUAUUAAAAAUAGAGUACAUACCAUUGUUCGAAGUCUGCAAAAUCGGACGGGCUGACGAUUGUUAUCGGCUGCGUUCUCAUAUUUGAGCUAAUUU